CCCUUUUUUUUGUCUUUUUUUCUCUCUUUUUUUUUUAAUUCUCUAUAAAAUACAUAAAAAAUGGCAAAGACUUUAACUGCUCAAGAAGCUUUUGAACUUCACAAAGCCGCAGUUACUCGAGACUUUGUUGCAAAGCCUCGUUUGGACUACCGUACUGUGAGUGGUGUGAACGGUCCCUUGGUUAUUCUUGAUAAUGUGAAGUUCCCCAAAUACUCUGAAAUCGUCAACUUGACUCUUCCUGACGGCUCUGUUCGUGCUGGUCAAGUUUUGGAAGUUCAAGGCAAGAAAGCUGUUGUUCAGGUCUUUGAAGGUACUUCAGGUAUCGAUGCUAAACAAACACAUGUCACUUUCACUGGUCAAACACAACACAUUCCUGUGUCUGAAGAUAUGUUGGGCCGUGUAUUCAACGGUUCCGGUAAGCCUAUUGAUAAAGGGCCCAAGAUCUUUGCUGAAGAUUAUUUGGAUGUCAAUGGUUCUCCUAUCAACCCUUUCUCUCGUAUCUAUCCUGAAGAAAUGAUUCAAACCGGUAUCUCUGCUAUCGAUACCAUGAACUCUAUUGCUCGUGGUCAAAAGAUCCCUAUUUUCUCUGCUGCUGGUUUGCCUCACAAUGAAAUUGCUGCUCAAAUCUGUCGUCAAGCAGGUCUUGUGCAAAAGAUGGCCCCUACUAAGGGUGUUCAUGAUGGCCAUGAAGAAAACUUCUCCAUUGUCUUUGGUGCUAUGGGUGUCAACAUGGAAACUGCUCGUUUCUUCAAGCAAGAUUUCGAAGAAAACGGUUCUAUGGAACGCGUUACUCUUUUCCUUAACUUGGCCAAUGAUCCUACCAUUGAACGUAUUAUUACACCACGUCUUGCUUUGACCACGGCUGAAUAUUAUGCUUACCAACUUGAAAAGCACGUCUUGGUUAUUUUGACUGAUAUGAGUUCUUAUGCUGAUGCUUUGCGUGAAGUUUCUGCUGCUCGUGAAGAAGUACCUGGUCGUCGUGGUUAUCCCGGUUACAUGUAUACUGAUUUGUCUACUAUUUAUGAACGUGCUGGUCGUGUUGAAGGCCGUAAUGGUUCUAUUACACAAAUUCCCAUUUUGACCAUGCCUAACGAUGAUAUCACCCAUCCUAUUCCUGAUUUGACAGGCUAUAUUACUGAAGGUCAAAUCUUUGUUGAUCGUCAACUCUACAAUCGUCAAAUCUAUCCUCCUAUCAACGUCUUGCCUUCUUUGUCUCGUUUGAUGAAGUCUGCUAUUGGUGAAGGUAUGACUAGAAAGGACCAUGGUGAUGUUUCGAACCAAUUGUAUGCUAAAUAUGCCAUUGGUCGUGAUGCUGCUGCCAUGAAGGCUGUGGUUGGUGAAGAAGCUUUAAACCAAGAAGAUAAAUUAUCUUUGGAAUUCUUGGAGAAGUUUGAAAAGACAUUUAUUGCCCAAGGCGCUUAUGAGUCAAGAACAAUUUAUGAAUCUCUUGAUCUUGCUUGGUCUCUUCUUCGUAUCUUCCCUAAGGAACUCUUAAACCGUAUUCCUCAAAAGGUAUUGGCUGAAUACUAUCAACGUGAACGUAGCAGUAAGAGAUCCAAGGGUGUUUUCGAUACAAAUGAUGAAGAAAACGCUACUGAAUAAAACACUUGUUUUCCUUCUUUUUUCUGUUUCUAUUCCCCCCAAAUCCUCUUUAUAAUAAAGCAAUGUCGAGUAUACUAUAAAA